AUCAAAUUAAAUAUGCUUCAAUGAUAGUAAGCACUAGCAUGAUCCUCACCAGUUAUCUACAUGCGCUCUGACAGUGUUUAUAAACUCUGCAAAGAGCAUUGAGCUAUUCAAGCUGAAACAAGCAUUAGAAGAGAUUACGCCAAUGGGGUUGAUAAAACAGUACAGACUUUCCAUAAUAGCCCUGCUUAUUUCUCCGAUUCUUGUUUAUCUAAACUGGGCUAAUACUUCACGGUUUGAGGAAUCAGGUUUGAGACUUGAGAGAAUAUGGGAAGUCUUCUCAAUCAAAUAAGAUAUUCUUUACUUCAAAAGCUAUUGAU